GGGCACCUGGCUAAGGGGAAGGCUGUGGCUGAGAUCCUGCCCGUGCCAAGCUCUGUGCCCACAGGGCUACGGGGAGUCAGAGGGGAUAUCCUUUUCUCAUAUGUCCAAAGACGUAGGUUGUUGAGUCUUUGGACAUACUAGAAAAGGAUAUCCCCUCUGUGUUGAGCAGCAGUGUGUGGAGUAUGAGGCAAGACCAAGCCUUGACAGGGCAUCCGUCAGUCACUGACGUAGCGGAGAGCAUAAGGGAAUACAGUGGAUGAGGACAUGGUUUCAGAUCCAAGUUACUAAAAAACUGGAAGUUUGGCUGCAGAGCUGCUGGGGUGGCUGAGAGAGAGAAGAAUGCAGACUUUGAAAAACAAAACUCGUUUCAAUGCACAUUCUCCCGGCAACAGAACCCAGGCCUGGUGAAGGAGAUGGCCAAGGUGGGCCAGCCAUGAGAGGGUACCUUGUGGCCAUAUUCCUGAGUGCUGUCUUUCUCUAUUAUGUGCUGCAUUGUAUAUUAUGGGGAACAAAUGCCUAUUGGGUGCCACCUGUGGAAAUGAAGAGGAGAAAUAAGAUCCAGCCUUGUUUAUCGAAGCCAGCUUUUGCCUCUCUCCUGAGGUUUCAUCAGUUUCACCCUUUUCUGUGUGCAGCUGAUUUUAAAAAGAUUGCUUCCUUGUAUGGUGGCGAUAAGUUUGAUUUGCCCUAUGGGAUAAGAACAUCAGCGGAAUAUUUUCGACUUGCUCUUUCAAAACUGCAGAGUUGUGAUCUCUUUGAUGAAUCUGACAACAGUGUGCCAUGUAAAAAGUGCGUGGUGGUUGGUAAUGGAGGAGUUUUGAAGAAUAAGACAUUAGGAGAAAAAAUUGACUCCUAUGAUGUAAUAAUAAGAAUGAAUAAUGGUCCUGUUUUAGGACAUGAAGAGGAAGUUGGGAGAAGGACAACCUUCCGACUUUUUUAUCCAGAAUCUGUUUUUUCAGAUCCCAAUCACAAUGAUCCUAAUACUACGGCGAUUCUCACUGCUUUUAAGCCGCUUGAUUUAAAGUGGCUGUGGGAAUUGUUGACAGGUGGCAAAAUAAACACUAAUGGUUUUUGGAAGAAACCAGCCUUGAACUUAAUCUACAGACCUUAUCAAAUCAGAAUAUUAGAUCCUUUCAUUAUCAGAAUGGCAGCUUAUGAACUGCUUCACUUCCCAAAAGUGUUUCCCAAAAAUCAGAAACCCAAGCACCCAACAACAGGAAUUAUUGCCAUCACAUUGGCUUUUCACAUAUGUCAUGAAGUUCACCUUGCUGGAUUUAAAUAUAACUUUUCUGACCUCAAGAGUCCUUUGCACUAUUACGGGAAUGCCACCAUGUCUUUGAUGAGUAAGAAUGCAUAUCACAAUGUGACAGCGGAGCAGCUCUUUUUGAAGGACAUUAUAGAAAAAAACUUUGUAAUCAACUUGACUGAAGAUUGACCCUACAGACUCAGAAGACGAUGCUAACAGUAUUAGUUUUAUUUUUAUACUGCAAUUUUUAGUUUAUUUUUAAAUAUGUUGGAUGCACUUGUCAAGAAAUUGUGUACAUAAAAGUCUGUUGUCGCCUGGUGAGUCAUAACCACCAGCUUAAUUUCUGUGAAUAUAUUUAAUUUAUAAAAACCAGGAUAUGUUUAGUUAUCAGAGAAAUAAGUUUUGAAUGCAUUGUUUUUAAAACAACCUAGUUUUCUGAAGUGUUUUUAAACAUCUUUUUAUAGUUACUUCAUGUUAGACUUUUGAAGAGAUGUGACUUCUUAGUAGGGGAUUUAGUUUACCACAACAAAUUUUGAACACAUUUUGAGAGUUGUACUCGUCUAUUGUAAAUUGGUGGGGAAUGGAGAUGUGGUUGUGCCUUGAUAUGGCAAAAUGGAACCAUUUUAGGCAUGUAUCUAAAUGGUUGAUUAGUUCCUUUUUGUUGUCCCUGAGGAGACCGAUUUUAAUCUUAAAAGCAGCCCUGAACACAACGGUGGGUUAUGGUCAAGGAAAUCUAAGACCAUACUGGUUUCAUUAAGCUUUUAACUAAACCAGGAUUAUUAAUGAGUAAUUUCAUAGAAGGAAGGUGGUGUUUUUGUUUUUAAGGUGAAGGAAAUGGGCUGAACAUGAAAUUCUGGUUAAGUAAAUAGCCUAAGAAUACAAUUACUAAAGUCUGGUGACUGCAUUAUUUUUAAGUUUAUACAAAGAAGCUCCAGGAGACCAUUGUUAAACAUCAUUUUCUGCCUUGUUUAAUAUAUUAAAAUUUGAAAGUUUACUAUUUGAAUUAAAUUAGGAAAAAUGAAGAUGACACAGUAAGUUAAACCCUUAAGAAGAUUCAAGCUGUUUUUGGAUUUAAAUGGUAUUUUCAUGAAAAAUCUCAACUGUCCACGAUUAAAUCACAUCUUCAAAGGGAAGGUUUAUCUGGAUACCUAGGGUGCAUCAGAAGAAUCCCACUGGAUGCAAACAAGUCAAAAACCAGUCCAGCGGAGGUGGUGAGCUAGUCUCCCUUCUCGUUUUGGGGAGGGAAGGGUAUGGGGGUGAGGGAAAAAGAAGUUACAGGAGGGCUGGAAUUAAAAGUUCUCACGAGGGGAAAGAGUUGAAAGAACUGCUGUCUUGAACAAGAAUUACCACUGGGAGACGAUGGAGACCACCCUGUCUCUCUGGAGUCUGUCAAGGGUGAACUGUUAGAGGGGACGAAGGAGUAAAUACUUGAGUAUAAGGGGGAGGACACUCUGAGGUGGAAAAGACGGGUAUUAGUGUGACCUGUCCCUCAUACCACACAGCCGUAGUUUGCAACCUAAUUUAGGCUUCAAAAAAGGAUGGUGCUGGCUCUAGUGACAGUAAAAAACCACCGGUAGCAUUUUCAAAUGUUACUGUACGGACUAAAAUAAUGGCAGUACAGUCUGAUGCUAAAAUUGAGGGAUCUGGCAUUUUGUGUAGUAUGAGAAAAGGCUACAAACCUCAAGGAAGAAAAUUCUCAGCAAGACACAUAUAUAUACAAUUUAUUAAAAACACAAGAACACAUUAAAAUGUCACUAUUUAUACAAUCUAAAUCCUAGCAACAUAUACAAAUACUGAGUGACUACAGUACAUGCCGAGGUAAGAAAAGUACAUUCUGGGAGAAUCACUGACAAACCAUUUUUAUUUUCCAAUAUGUAUUUCAGUAUUCUGUUUGGUUUCUACCUUUCCCAGUGCAAAAAAAAAAAAAAGAAACUAGUCACAAAUUGGAGCAAAUAAGAAUUGGUGCCACAGUUGAAAGUAUUUUAAUAACCAUCCAACUCUUAAUUGAUUUUGCAGUUUAGGGACUUCAAGUUCAGAACAGAAAGAACUAAUAGGCAAUUUUUUAAAGGUAGAGCUUAAUUGAUUUCUCUUAAAAGAGUGUGACAAGUUUUUGGCCCACAAUGCGUCUUAUCGUCUGACAUGGCAUUUCCAUAGCCCUUUCACUCUCCAGGUGACCAGGUGGAGCCAAGGCAAGGAAGUUCCAAGCUUUCUCACUUUCCAAAGAAUUAUGGCCACAUUCAUGCUUAGAUGAGUGCAUUUUCUGCUGGGGCAUCGGAGGGCAAGAGUAUACAUGACACCGUAAUUCCAACUGCUGUAUAAAUUCUCUACACAAACCACUUCAUUCAAUGCAAAGUGCAAAUAGUGAAACAUGAAUUUAAAUAACUGAACUAGACCCCGCAUAUACAAGAUCUAUUUAGUGUUACAGCUUUUAAUACAAUACAAAUCAGCAUUCACAAUAUCUUGAACAGUACUGGUUCCGAAGACCAUGUGUCAGAAGUCAGUGUGAUUUUAGGAAACCUGGAAGGGCCACACGUGCUGUACCACUGUCUGACGAUUGUGCUAACAGGAAAAAAAUUCAUCCAAAAAAA